CAUUCACGAGGAGCGCGUCAUCGUUGCGUCACAGAGAGCGUCCUCGUGCUCCGUCCCCGUUACCCAACAGUGAAGAAGCUGGUGCUGAAAGAGCGCGCGCGGACCAGCGGCACACAGAGACCAGCUUAAAGUUCAGCCAAGAUGUCGUACUCUGCAGUGGACAAUUAUGAGGAGUCCAAGCUCCUCAGGAAGGCCAAGGAGAACCCAUUCGUUCCUGCUGGAAUGGCUGGAUUCUUUGCGAUUGUGGCGUACAGACUCUUAAAGCUGAAGCAGAGAGGGAACAUGAAAAUGUCUGUCCAUCUGAUCCACAUGCGUGUAGCAGCCCAGGGAUUCGUGGUUGGAGCGAUGACCUUAGGUGUGGUCUACUCCAUGUACAAAGACUUUGUUCUGAAGCCGGCGGAGGCGCAGAAAGCCCUGGAGCAGAAAGCUUUGGAGGAGAAGUGAAGAGCGGCAGAACUUAGUGUAGUCAUAUUUUUGGACCCUUGUAUUUUCUUAGUACCUCAGAUGUUCCUUGAUAUUUAUUCUUAACAUAAUGUACUGACAUGUUUUAUAAUACGUGUGAGAGGGUUUUAGAAGAGUUUAGUCUUUCUUGUCGUUCUAUUAGGAAACCAGGCCAGCAUAUAACGUGGCAGCUGACCUUUUCCAGGCUGGUAUGUGACGUGGCUGACGUGCUGCAGUUUACACAGUGCUAAUGUAAAGUGAACGUCAGCCGUUCCUCAUAAACUCUUAUAUAGCAGCUCUUUAUGGGUUCUUUUUUGGGUUCUUUACUGUCUGCAGAACCAUUCAGAUGCAGAGAUGUUCUGAUGAAAUCUUUCUCACUCAUGCAGUGUUGGGUACAAAACAGUUUUCAUGCUAUUCUGUGAUUUAACGUGUCUUUUUGAACUCAUAACGCCAUUCGUGUACAAACAGGAUUCUGCAACUCUCAGCCACAGUUUAUAUGUGUAUAUAAAAUUAUUAUUGUCUCUGUCAUAUCGCAUCCUCAUGUGAACAUUUCAUGACCAAUAGAAAUGGUCCAAAAUGACUUGGAAUAAAAUCUUAUUUACAGUUUA